UUUCCCUCUGCUCUCUCUCCAUUAAGAGAGAGAGAGAGCGAGCCUGAAAUGGUGAAGAAUUACGUGUUGGAGAUAACCUUAAUAUCUGCGCAAGGACACAAGGAACCAUCCUCUAAACUCCGCCGCAUGCAAACCUACGCCUUCGCUUGGAUCGAUCCUUCUGUCAAGCUUCGUACUUGCGUUGACCGUGUCGGCGGAGGAAACCCAACCUGGAACGAUAAAUUUCUCUUCAAGAUUUCAUCGGAGUUUCUUUCUAGCCAAACGUGUGGGGUCUCAGUUGAAAUUUUCGCCGUCGGUGUCCUCGGUGAUACCCUCCUUGGCAGCGUCAGGUUCCUUUUGAGUAACUUUCUUCCGCCUGGUUCUGCCUUCAAAGCUGUGAAGACUCCGUCUUUCGAUGCAGUUCAAGUCCGCCGACGCUCUGGUAGGUUCCAUCGGGUUCUCAACAUUGGCGCUACAGUUCUAGGCGGUGCCAAUGUCCCGGCCAUGAACAGUUCCCGCCAUCAG